AAGACGCGUCAGACUCAUGAGCGCUUUCCAUCUAUAACAUUGAAUCAUGUCAUCUACUCAAGACCUUCUCAAGCAGGCUGCAGAUCUUGCAUCCUCCAAUCCAAAACGUGCAGAGGAGCUUUACAAGGAGAUAUUGAAUUCGACCGGAUCAACCUCUAAUGGAUCGACAGUCAAUGCUGAAAAGGAACAGUCGCUGCGGGAUCAAGAGGCAGCCUUGAUCAAACUCGCAGAGCUCUAUAGAGAUCAGAAAGAUGCUAGUGGCUUAGCGCAGGUCAUUACACUCUCGAGAUCAUUCAUGUCUUCAACCGCCAAGGCAAAGACGGCAAAACUGAUCCGCACGCUUCUUAAUUACUUCAACUCCAUCCCCAACAGCCGGCAAACCCAGAUUGACGUCCUAACCGACAAUAUUGAGUGGUCGAAACGCGAAAAGCGUAUAUUCCUCAAACAUAGCUUGGAAAUUCGUCUUGUUUCCCUGCAACUUGAAGCACUGCAGUACAAGCUUGCCUUGACGCGAAUCGAUGCACUCUUGACGGAGUUGAAGAGGCUAGAUGACAAGAUGAUCCUUACCGAGGUACACUUGCUCGAGAGCCGCGUCUACCGUGGCAUUGGAAACCUCUCGAAGGCCAAGGCUGCUCUCACUUCCGCCAGGACUGCUGCUAAUUCAAUAUACUGUCCUCCCCAUCUCCAAGCAGCAUUAGACCUCCAGUCUGGUGUCCUCCACGCUGAGGACAAGGAUUACACAACCGCAUACUCCUACUUCUAUGAGACCUUUGAGAACAUGUCAUCGCAGGAUGACCCCGCAGCGCUGAAUGCCCUCAAGUACAUGCUUUUGUGCAAGGUCAUGUUGAAUAUGCCUGAAGACGUAACUUCGCUCCUCUCCAUCAAGCUCGCCGUGAAAUAUGCUCAGCUCCGUGAGAUCGAGAGCAUGCGUGCCAUAGCGCUCGCGCAUCAGAACCGGAACCUCGCGGAUUUCGAGAAGGCCCUCCGGGAUUACAAACACGAACUCUCGUCAGACCCUACCAUUCGCUCGCAUCUUGCAGCGCUUUACGACACCCUCCUCCAGCAGAACCUCCUGCGUAUCGUUGAGCCGUACUCGGUGGUAGAGAUCGACUACGUUGCCAAACAGGUAGGGCAAGGACGGCAGGACGUCGAGGCUAAACUAUCCCAGAUGAUCUUGGACAAGGUGUUCCACGGCGUGUUAGAUCAGGGACGGGGAUGUUUAAUCGUAUUCGAUGAGCCAGAAGCCGACAACACCUACGGUGCAGCGAUUGGGACUCUGGAGCAAGUUAGCAAGGUUGUUGACUCGUUGUAUGCUAAAACUGUUAAGAUCGCAUAGAUGUAGUUUUUUUAUGUUUUCCACUUGAAACUAAACAUGACAUGUAUCUAAGAGGACGAAAAGAACCACGGGUAUAUGAGAUUUCUAUGUCAGCGCUCACUAGCCGAGUCAUCGGGCUGAUUUGAAGAUGAGUGGCUGUCACAGUUGCCUUUGGUUGAUUACGCGACGGGUCGCGACUGGGUGAUUGCUCUUCCAAUCAACUGGCCAUGGUACCGACGUGAUAUCUAUGUCACUAUAUUUCUAGCCAAGCACCCCGACAGGUGUUGGACGUACUUCCUGUGCUACAAAU